AUGUUCACGCUAUUAGUAUUAAAUGAAGAUGACCUGAUCACAAAAAAUGGAAUGACAACGUGCAGUAUGCGGAAUACCACGUCUUCGGGUUUAGAGAUCCCAGUCAACAACGUAGUUGCAAGGGAGAAAAUCUGGAAAGAUCACUGUCAGAAGGAGGCCAAAGCAGCCAAAUUUUGGGCUAAUAACUGGAGCUUUUUGAUACAAACACAACAGGAGUUGCUGGGUGAAGAGUACGAACAGUUGAGGAAUGCAGAGCGGCCGAAACCCGAAAUACCGCGCCACUUGGGAAUCACAGAUGUCGAGCCAAUCUCAAAAUUCAUAACUGUAAAACCCUCACCGCAACCAAUCCCGCAAAGAAGUAGCGGAUUCAUUGGAUGGAGAUCGGGACACAGCGAGUACAACUUAGAAAAAUACGCACAACAGAGGAGGUCACAAGGCAGUCUGCUACGCCGGUUCAACUGGCCUAUAGAAGCGACCUGGUAAACAGCAACAUAUUGGUCGAGAUUGACGAUAAUAUCAGUUUCUUUCCUGUUCAAUCAUGUUACUUCACUUAAGAAAAUAGUGACUACAAUUCCAAUACGCAAUGUUUUUUGAUUACAAACAGAUUAAAG